AGCAUCCAGAUCAAGUAAAUCAAAAACAAUGGCCGAUAUCAAAUCAAUACAUCCCAUUACUACUGAUAUUCCCAAAAGUUUUGUGCAGAAGAAAACAGAAGAUAUGGAACGCUACAUAAGUGAAGUGAUAAAAAAUAUUCCAGACAGAAUAGUUAUACGCUGCAUUUCCGAAUCUUUGAAGAAUAUUAAAGAUGGAUAUAAAAUUGGUAGGCAAACAAAUAAAGCAGCCAUAGAAGACUUAUUAAGACGCCAAAUAAUUGCGCCAAUAACAGAAUUCUUCGAGAUGAUUCGGGAUUAUGACACUACAAGCAAUAAAAAUGCUCUUGAAUGUUGUGGGCAUUUUUCGUUUGCAAGAAUAUCAAAACCAGAGCGUUCAUCUGAUAUAAGAUUGAGGAGUAAUGUUGAACUUAUCACUCCAGAUUUUUCAUUCAUUAAUACUACUCCUAGCACAUAUCGUGGAUAUAAUUUAAAUUUAGCAGAUGAUGAGAAUUCACAAGAACCUGAAGUUGAACUUGUUAUAGAUGUCGAAAGGCCCUUUGUCUUUCUAGAUACAAUCGGG